ACUUGAUGAUUUAUCCGUAAACUAGCUAUUGUCCUCUUAAAACUGAACAGGCAUUUAAAUAGAUAUUUUUAAUUUUGUAUUGAAAAUAUGUGCCACGGAAGGAACAACCAACAUUUAAAUGUUAUGCAAAAUAGUUUCUGUUUCCUUGUGUCGCAAAUGUGAGAAAGAAAUCACAGCUUUAAUAGCUGAAAAUGGUGAUGGUUUGCAUCGCGGGGAGAUUGUUGGUGUCAGUGUUCAUUACAUAUUCCCCGGAACUGGUCGGUGGGAAUGGUUCGCUGUGUGAUGGACGUUUCAAUUGUUGCAGUGGUUACAAAUGGAAUAGAAAUACUGAAAAAUGUAUCCCUUGUGAGAUAGGUUUUUUUGGGGUAGAUUGUGCACGGCAAUGCGUCUUUCCCUCCUUUGGGAAGGAAUGUCAGCUAUCCUGCAACUGCCCUGAAGAUCAAUGUAAUUAUGAAAAAGGAUGUCCAAAAGGUGAUUGUGGACCAGGCUAUCUUGGUGACUUUUGUGACGUGAAAUGCCCAUAUCCAGGUUUUGGUACGGAAUGUCAGGAUGAAUGUUUGUGUGAGCAGGAGAAGUGUGAUCCUGUAAGUGGAUGCCAAGGAAGGUCAGAAGGUAAUUUCAUGGAAGUGGUAACAACACCUGUUCCAAAGUCCAGGAUGACCCAUAACAUCACCGUAUCACUACGGCAUGAUGCUGAUGUUAGCAGAGGUUUUUCUUCACGAGACACUUCAUCCGUUCUAUCUACCACUCCAGACAUGCCUAAAGAGACAUCAAUUCAAGGUGACACUGCAUCAAUGUGGAAAACGUUGAACGGGAAAGAAAGAGGCAUGGUUAUCAGCAUUACGACGCUAGGACUACUGUUUCUUAUCUUAACAGCCUUGUACAUCUGGGUAUCUCAUCGACUUCGUGUAGAAACAAAUAAUCGUAGGAAAACAACAGAAGAUUUGGAUGAGAACUCUGCAGUAUAAAAAACCCGGGUAAUGUGUUAUAAAAUGCACUGUAUCAGGACAUGGUGUGUAAAACCUGUAUUCGUAUUUACCUAUGCUUCGUAAUUGAUAUACUUUUCAUACUUCAUUAUGUAGAAUGUUAUAUGUAAACUGUGACUUGCUGGUUGUCUUUCAAUUUGAAAUAAUCAAACUACGGAAUAUAUAUUAUAUUUAUAGGUAAGGGAAACCUAUCUGAUUUGUUUCAUGGUAAUGUAAAACAAUGAACAUAUGGUGUUAUCUGUUCAAGAUCCACACCGCCGACAAUGCAAAUAUGAUGUUAUAUCUUUAUUAUAGCAUUCUGAAGAAGACAUCAAUGUCCUAUAUAGUUGGUCGUGAUCUAGUCACAUCGUUCUACUGACCAUUUUUGUAGAGUCAGGCCGUAUUAGUCAGGAAAUAAAGAUGUAUGUAUAUUUUGAAA